AUGAGUGUCCAGAUAUUUGGUGAUCAAGUAACAGAAGAAAGGGCUGAGAAUGCCCGUAUGUCGGCUUUUGUUGGCGCAAUUGCAGUAGGUGAUCUUGUGAAAACGACCUUGGGGCCAAAGGGUAUGGACAAGCUUUUGCAGAGCGCGAGCAGCGACACAUCCAUGGUCACCAACGAUGGGGCCACAAUUUUGAAAUCCAUUCCGCUAGAUAAUCCAGCCGCCAAGGUUCUAGUCAAUAUCAGUAAGGUCCAAGAUGACGAAGUCGGUGAUGGAACCACAAGCGUGACGGUUCUCAGCGCAGAACUCUUGAGGGAAGCGGAAAAGCUCAUUGAUCAGGGAAAAAUCCAUCCCCAAACCAUCAUCGAGGGAUAUAGAAUCGCAUCCAAGGCCGCUCUAAACGCUCUCGCAAAGACCGCUGUCGACCAUUCCGCGAACAAAGAAAAUUUUUACCAGGAUUUGAUCUCGAUUGCGAAGACCACACUUUCCUCAAAAAUUUUAUCCCAAGAUAAAGAACACUUUUCCAAAUUAGCGGCCGAUUCCAUUAUCAGACUGGGUAGUCGUGUUGAUCUAGAACACAUUCAAGUUCUGAAAAUUAUUGGUGGUAGAUUAUCAGAUUCCUUCUUAGACGAGGGUUUCAUAUUGCCUAAGAGAUUUGGUAACAAUCAGCCCAGACGCGUUGAAAAUGCCAAGAUUCUGAUUGCUAACACAUCUUUAGAUACUGACAAGGUCAAGAUUUUUGGCGCUAAAUUUAAAGUUGAUUCUACUUCUAAACUAGCUGAGUUAGAGAAGGCUGAGAAAGGCAAGAUGAAGAAUAAGAUAGACAAGAUCUCCAAGUUCGGUAUCAACACUUUCAUCAACAGACAGCUCAUUUACGACUACCCCGAGCAACUAUUCACCGAUUUAAACAUUAACUCUAUCGAGCACGCAGACUUCGAAGGUGUUGAAAGGUUAGCAUUGGUCACUGGUGGGGAGGUUGUUUCGACUUUUGACAACCCAGAGAAGUGUAAGCUAGGUGAGUGUGAUCUCAUUGAGGAGGUCAUGAUCGGUGAGGAGACAUUUACGAAAUUUAGCGGGUGUAAGGCAGGAGCCGCAUGUACCAUCGUGCUGAGGGGUGCCACAGAACAAGUUCUGGACGAAGCUGAAAGAUCUCUUCACGACGCCUUGUCAGUACUCUCGCAAACUACCAAAGAAACUAGAACGGUUUUAGGUGGGGGUUGUGCCGAGAUGAUUAUGUCGAAAGCUGUUGACACCGCUGCCCAAAACGUGGACGGCAAAAAAUCUUUCGCCGUCGAGGCUUUCGCUCGUGCUCUGAGACAGCUCCCCACAAUUCUAGCUGACAACGCUGGCUUCGAUAGCAGUGAACUGGUUUCUAAAUUGAGGUCCUCAAUUUACAACGGAAUGACUACUUCUGGUCUCAACUUGAACGACGGAACCAUUGCUGACAUGAGAGACCAGGGAAUUGUUGAAAGUUACAAGUUGAAACAGGCUGUUGUCAGCUCCGCGUCAGAGGCUGCUGAGGUUCUACUGAGAGUAGACAAUAUUAUUAGAGCCAAGCCAAGAACAGCCAACAGACAACAUAUGUAG